AUGGUUUUGUAUGACGAUGAGGAUUUCGAGGAUUAUGAUAAUGCUCUAAAUUCCAUAGUUGUACCUCCUCCUCUUCCACCAUCAGCAACGCUCGAUUUUAAAGAAAAUAAGAUUUUUACCCUUUCAUCAGAAUUUUCGGGACAACCAGCAGUCUGUAAGAGGGAAAUUGUUCUAGAUUCGGCAGAGGAGGAAAUGUUUGAUGAAUAUGAAAAAGUAUACGAAGAGUUGAGGAAUAAAUUCGAGGAGAGCAAACAGCAAUUGUUUGACUCUAUUAAACAAGAAUAUGGAGAAACCUUUGAUGACGAUGAUGAAUAACUUUUUAUCGGAACUUGAAAUCAAUUUGGUAGUACUGUUGGUGAUGAUAUCUAAUGAUCCAUUAUUUAAAUAUCUUUAUUGGCAAAUGAUAGUAAUAUCACUCGUACUUGUAGUAUUAUCAUCUGUUAAAUAUUUAAAAUUGGAUUGAAAGUGUUGGAGUGAGGUUUUGGAAAUUAAUUUAGUCUGAUGAAAGGAAAAGUGCCAACCACCUACACUAAUUUCACUGUUGGGCACAAGACCAUCUUCAUUGAAUGCAUGAUAGAAAGCAGAACUGCCAUCAUCGAAUAAAAAUGUUGGAGUAACAUCAUUACAUGGUUGACCUAGUAUGAUGCAUCCCUUGUCAUUGAGGAAGAAGGUAGCAAGAGAGGAGCAUAAAACUCUUUGAGGAAUGAACGGUUUGAUAGUUCCUACCAUUUGAUCUCUUUCAUAUAUUAAUGCAUAUGGAUCUUUGGAAACUUCUUGCUUUCUAUUUGGAUUACUUCUUCUUUUUGGAGGUUCGUUCAACUUUAUGAAUGGGAAGAGAGGAAAUUGAAUCAAUUUGAAUGAUAUUUCAGAAGUACUUGUACUAAGGAAAACAUCACCACAUUCCAGAAUUGCUGCCAUGUGUCGAUAACCACAUGAAAUAUCUUGAAUACGCUCUCCUUGGAAGAGUGUUGGUACGAUUUCAAAUUGUUGAAUCGUAUCAUUGAAAGAACAAAGCUGAUGAGAACCAUCCGUACAAUUCUCAAUAAUUAUAAAUGAUUUUUCAGCUCCACAAACUCCCUUAAUGAUUGUUGACUUUCCAAAAAUUUCAGGUAAUGGUACAUUCUUUAAGAAUGUGAACGGUUCAUAAUUCUUGUCAAUUAUAUUAUUUUCCUUGUGUUUGCAUAAAUAGACUUGAUUUCUAUUAUUUACAAAUAUAAAGGUUGAUGCCAAUGAGCCAG